AUGUCCUCGAAAAAGGAUCGGAGAUCUCCAAUCACCAUCCCAUCACCAAAAACUACCACAAAGACUUCCUCGCCUGCUACGCUUAUUUUUAUACAUGGUUAUGGCUGGUCGGCUGACCAGUUCAAUCAGCAUCCUCCAAAUAGAUUAUCUGUAGCUCAUCACAUCCACAAGUCACCUUCACUCCAGCAUGUCAAGAUAAUUAUUCCGGAAGGGCUGGCAAAUAUCUGGCCUUCUCCGGGAAAAUAUACGUGGUAUAACAUUGACCAACCCAUUCCUUCUGCUGGUGAUCCUUCGAAGAUCCAUGAGUUUGGGCAGCAUAAUUCUGAUAUCAACGAUAUCGAAACUUCACUUGACUAUUUCGAAUAUCUUAUUGAUUCAGAGGUUGCAACAGGGACGCCUGCGAAUAAGAUCGUAUUUAUGGGCGACAGUCAGGGAGCUUCGAUUCUGUACUUGUUCCUGCUCACUCGACGAAGAGCUGCAGAUCUUGGGGCAGUCAUUACAUGGGCUGGCUUUUCUGCCAUCCCGUUAGAGAACAUAGCACAAAUGCAGGAAAAGAAUGGAUUGCCGGUAUUUGAUGGCUGGGUGAAGGAGACCCAAUUGUAUAUGCUGCAUGGAAAGGAAGAUGUCUUUGUUCCUUUAUCGAGAUCGCGCGCUCUCAUGGCUGCGCUAGAAAGUUAUCGUAUUCGUGGUCAGGGUUUUACUGCUCUUGAGUGGGCGGCCGUGGAUAGCUUGCGCCAUUCCUUGGUCGAGCCUGUUUGGCCUUAUGUUCGACGAAUUUUGGAGCGUUUCCUAAUGGAAACGGAGCCAGCUCCGAAGUUGUGA